AUGCCCAUAGCUGAUGUAUUGCUGCAUCCGGAGUACAAACACUUUGGGGUCAAGAGUAGUGUAGCUUUACUUAAAUUGCUCACACCGUUAGCAUCUAAUUAUAUGGUGCCAGUUUGUUUGCCAUUCAGGAAUUUUAUGCUAAGACCUUUUAAAGAAUAUAUAGAAAAACUGAUUUAUGUUGAUUUUAUUAGUGAAGUACCUCGAGAUUUUGUAGAGGAAGAAAAAGAAUUGGUUUACCUUCGAAUGGUGCCCAGAGAACGUUGUAUCAAACACGACAUUAAUGAGACCGGUCUGUUACCCGACCGCCACGUUUGCACGACGGGCUGCGACCUGCAGUCGGGCGCACCGAUUUUGGUACACGAACACACCGGGCAUUGGAACUUAUUCGCCAUGGCUGAAGGUGGGGCGCCAUGCCCCGACCCGCUGAGGUCCCGCAGCCCCGGCACUCCCUCCCGCCACAUCCUCCUGAACCCCUACGUACCCUGGAUCACCACCGCCAUAUCCGGACAAGCGAUCGGUUCAUUUUCCAAGGAUGAUCCAUUUGGUUUCGGUCCAGUACCACGUGCAGCAUACCCGCUGCCGAAGCGUGCACCAGGUUGGCUGGGCCACUGGUGGUUGGGCGGCAUUCGUUGCUACGACCGCGGCGACGGCGGCGCAGAUAUUUACCGCUUCUACCACGAACUCUUCGACAUCUACCCCGAUACCAUGACCCCUACCAUGUUCACGUAUUAUCUUGAGAUUCAUUCUCCGUAUCAAAAGUAUAUAGUGUGCGUGAAAGUUGCGAUGCCUUAUCAAUUCGAGAAUCCAAUGGUAUGGGGCAUCAAUACUAUUGAAGUCAAGGUUCGUAUCCCAUUAUUAACAUUUACAAGUUAUUAUAGAAUAAUUGUAACAGCGUGGUGCAACAAUGGUACAGAAAUUAUAGACGAUGAAGACGAAUAUGAAGAAACUCUUGACCCAUCAUUGUACUCUAGCGAAAGUGACUUGGAACAGGAAUAUGUAUAUGAUUUGACAGAGACCAGAGGUAUCUGGAUUAAUGUGACUGAGCCACCUUUAGGAAGUAUUGGAGGUGGUAAAGGUAAAGGUAAAGGUAAAGGGAAAGGUAAGGGUAACGCAACUGAUUCAGAGACUGAUGAAGAAAGUCUGAAACCACCUAAAGUAACCUGGAAUGAACCUGAGAAUUAG